GCGUUAGGGAGUAAGGUACUAUAGCCUAUAGGGACACGACACUGGUAAUCACGUGACGGAAUCGUCAAAAUAAAUUAUUUAUCUACUUGAUCUUAGCGAUAGAUGCAUCAGCCUCUUGUCUGCCUUGCUUUGAGCUUAGCUAUCGCUAGCCCCUGCUCCAGCGUGACGCCACAGUAUCGUAGCAUUCGACUGGAGACCCCACUGCUCUCGUCCAGUGUAUCGAUCACGAUCACGAUGAGGUCCCCAGUUGACCCAGAUGACAUGAUGUUGGAAUGUGAAUCGCUCGUAGCGUGCUUACUUAAUCAGCGGUACAUAUGCUAGUCACUAU